AUGUCGCUGUAUAUUUUCAUGAAGGAAACUACUCACAAGGUUGCUGAAAACUCUUCGACAGUCCACGACCGGUUUCGCCCUUCCCAUUCGGGCUCAUCAUGUAGGCGCAGUCCCAGAGUUUCCACCAACCUUAUGUUCUACCUGAACCCAAAUUGGACUGUUUUCGAGAAAUACGCUCAUUUGCAAAUCAAUUUGGUUUUCACGAGAGACUCAACUGAAUCUCUCGUUUAUGAUAUUCUAUUCAGUUGUCACGAUAUUCGAGGGUCGAAACCGGUCGUGGGCUGUCGAAGAGUUUUCAGCAACCUUUCAUUGUUUGGCCGCCUCUGGCUCUCUACCACCCUUCACGUGGAUGUGCGAAAAGAGCCCUUCGAGGCCGACUGGCAUAUGCAGCACGUGACCAAGCCAGCGCAACCUAUGCAGUGUGAUCAGUCCAUCUAUCGAAGACCUCUAACCAUUGACCAACCUGGUAUGAGAGACUCUGUGAGUGUCGCGCGGACACCCCCCAGUAUAGCUCAGUGGGUCGCCGAGGCACACAAACCGCCACACCACGAUAAGGUCCAGUCUCUUCGUGACGGAGCGAAAUAA